GAACCGGAGCCCAGGAUGGAGAACUGCUGCCGCUCCUGUUGUCCCUGUCUGAGGAGGCUUUGGAACUGCAUCUGGCCGGACGUCCGCUAUCCGAACCAGAACCUCGUCAUCGCGAACCCGACAGCCCGUGAAGCCGAGAUCCGAACAGUGUCGGGGGACAUUCGCCCCCCGUCGCCCCGAAAGCGUCCGGUCCAGCUGUACGCGGCGCUGUACGACUUCGAGGCCAGAAGCGAGGACGAGCUUUCGGUCCGGGAGGGGGACAAGCUGUCGGUCCUGGAGAAGAGGGGCGACUACGUGCUAGCCAAGAAGCUGACUGGGACUCUGGAGUCCGGGCUUGUCCCGGCCAACUACGUGGCUCUGCUGCGGGACGAGUUCGCCAAACACAAGUGGUACUAUGGGAACAUAAACCGUGUGAAAGCUGAGAAGCUGCUGCUUGCUACCCAAAACAAAGAUGGUGCCUUCCUGGUUCGGAUCAGUGAGAGUCACAGUGAUGAGUACACAAUCUCAACCCGGAGUGAGGGUAAAGUGUUGCACUUCAGGAUCCAGCGCUCGGUUAUCGGUGCAUACUUGGUCACGGAUAAGAUCUCCUUUGCUACACUGGGUGAGCUGAUCUCCUACUACCAGAAAAAUCCCCGCACCCUGGGAGUGACUUUGUUGGAACCCUGCGUCCAGCAGCGAGAGCUGUUUGAUAUGGAGUCUUGGGAGAGGCCAAGGGAGGAGUUCAAACUUCACAAAAAACUGGGAGAAGGACACUUUGGAGAAGUGUGGGAGGCUAUCUGGACCAAAGAAAACCGAAAAGUGGCCAUAAAGACACUGAAACAAGAGGACACCAAGCAAGAUGAGUUUGUGAAGGAGGUUCAGGCCCUGAAAAGCCUCCACCACCCAAAGCUAAUCCAGCUGCUGGCCAUGUGCUCCAGGGGAGAACCAGUAUACAUUGUGACUGAGCUAAUGACCAAAGGGAGCCUCAAGUCCUAUCUCAGCAGCCCUGAAGGGAUGGUGCUGACGUCAGCUCAUCUCAUAUACAUGGGCAGUCAGAUUGCAGAUGGUAUGGGCUACUUGGAGGACAGAAACAUUGUUCACAGAGACCUUGCUGCUAGGAACAUUCUGGUGGGAGACCAUCUUGUCUGUAAGGUGGCUGACUUUGGACUGGCUCGAAUCAUAAAGGACCACGUUUACACAGCCAGUCGGAACACUAAGAUUCCUAUCCGAUGGACUGCUCCUGAGGCUGCACUCCACCAGCGCUUCUCAGUCAAAUCUGAUGUCUGGUCGUUUGGGGUUCUGAUCUAUGAGAUGAUGUCACGUGGAAAAAUGCCUUAUGAAGGAAAAAGUAAUAAGGAAGUGCUGGACAUUUUAACAUCAGGGUUUCGACUGCCGUGUCCAACUCGCUGUCCCCAGAACAUCUACCGGAUCAUGUUGGACUGCUGGGCUCCAGAGCCCUCCAAAAGACCUUCCUUCCAUGCCCUGCAACACCAGCUGGAUGUUAUUUAUGCCAAAUUUUAUUUCAAGACUGUAGAAAUAUAGAGAGAUUCUGCUGAUUUGAUUAUUUUAAAAAGUAACAGAAGAAACGUCCACAUCUACGGAAGCUGCCACAAAACUGACCAACACCGAGAGACCGGAGUGUCUGAACUCAAAGACAUGAUGACAGAGAACGCCCACGGAAAGCGUAAAAACACCUUGGAUCAAAAGAACCAAACAUGUUUUACUGGUUGGUGUUUCCUUUGAAUGUGCAAUGUUUCUGUCCUGGUUGUGUCCUGCUGCAGUUGAACUAGUUCCUACAUUUAGUUUCUACAGUCACAUUGUUCUGGUCCAACAGCCUGUGUUGUGAGAGCAGGCUUCAUAUUCAUUUCUCCCCUGAGGAGCUUUCUCCAGCCACAGUCUGAGACGACACAGAACCUUGUGCUUCUGACUCUAAAAGGUCAAGGUAAGUUAAUUUAUAUAGCACUUUCCAGUUGCGUGAGCAACCCCAAACUGCUGAACAUAAUAAUAAUCAGCAUAAAAACACACUAUCCAAUAUAAUAAAACAGAUAAAAUCACAAACAUAACAGUGCAACACAAGAAAACCACAGAAUAAUAAAAGCAUUCAAGUAAAAUUUAACCUGCCAUAAAAACCAGUUCAUAUAAGUACGUCCUAAGUAGGGAUUUGAAAUGUUCUAAACUUACGCGAGCCUUAGUUGUCGGGGAAAGCUGUUCCAGGGUCUCUGAACCGCCACCGGAAACGCUCUGUCUCCCCUAGUUUUCAAACAAGUCUUCAGAAUUUCUAAGUGAAUUUGAGAGCCUAACCUCAAAUUCCUUGCCAGAGUAAAGAGGUUCACCCGUUCAAUAUAUGGAGCAGCCAACCCAUUCAGGGACUUGAAAACAAAAAGCAGAGUUUUAAAAUGGACUCUGUACACUGGGGAGCCAGUGAAGAGAGACCAGUAUGGGGGUAAUAUGGUCCCACUUCCUAGUGCAGGAAAUGUGAGCAAAACUGGAAGGUCACAGGCCUCAGUAGAAGACGAGGUCUGCAUGGAGCUCCUAGCAAAUGGCUGUAAAAAAGGCAAAAUCUACUUAUUUUUAUCUGAUAUUGGCUCUAAUGAGCAUAACCUAGUAUUUUUUUUUCUACUGUGGAUGGGAUUUUAAACCCUUCAUGUGUCGGUGGACUCGAAGCCUCUUUGACUACUGCUCAGAGGUUUCCGACAUAUUUUAUAGACAGUCUAGUUGUAUUGAUGAUGAUAUCUGUUUUGAUUAAUCUACUUUGUGAAUUCUUUGAGUCUGUAUCCACAGAUAUGUUGAAUAAAAAUUUUGGAAGCAUGAAACUAACUAGCUCUGCAAUCGACAUCAUUCCAUCUGUUGUUAAGGACGUUGGGCCAGUUAUUUAAAAUAUGGUUUAUAGUGUAAUAAACUGUAGUUUGUAGUCUGGAGAAGUUCUGAAAAGUCUGAAACAAGCAGUAAUCAAACUCUUUCUCUAGCAACCCGGUCUUGAUGUCUCAGUAUUAUCCAAUUAUCGACCUAUUUCUAUGCUGCCAUUUCUUUCUAAGGUUCUUGAGAAAGUUUUUAAGUGAUUGUUUGGCCAUCUAGAUGCUAACCCACUUUUAGAUGUUUUUCAGUCAGGUUUUAGAGAAUAGUACAGAAACUGUGCUAGUGAGAGUGUUCAGUGAUAUUUACAAUUAUACUGAUGUGGGUGACCCAGUCUUUUUAUUACUCUUAGAUAUGGCCGCUGCUUUUGAUCAUGUUAUACUUCUCGAUCGACUGGAGAAGUUUGUUGGUCUCUCUGGUUCAGCACUCUCCUGAAUGAGUUCCUACUUGUCUGAUAGAUAUGUGACUUAACAUUGGUAGCUGAUGCUCGAGUGAUGUUUCCCCGAUGGGGUCCCACAGGGCUCGUUACUUGGUCCUCUGCUUUUCAAUUUAUAUUUGCUCCCACUUGGGGCCAUCUUUAGGAAAUAUGUGCUUGACUUUAAUUUUUAUGUUGAUGACUGUCAUGUCUACGCGCCUAUUAAAGCUAAGGAAGUGGCUCUAAUGUGUAUGUGAGGUUAAUGAUUGGAUGGGUUGUAAUUUUCUGCAGAUGAACAAUUCUAAGACUGAGUUGUCCGAGUGGUGCUCCUGUAGUUACUCAGUCUUUGAUUAGUGGUUUCUCAUAUGAUGCAAAGGAUGUUGUCUAAUUUGGGUGUUAAGAUACAUUUUCAGCUUAAUUUUGAUGUUCAUGUGGUUCGAUUUUGUUUUUGUUUUUUUCACCUACGGAAUGUUUAUAAGGUUAAGUCCUUUUUGAUUAGGAAUGAUUUCAAGAAGCUUAUCCAUGCAUUUAUAACAUCUCAUUUAGACUAAUGCAAUAGUCUUUACUUGGGUGUUAAUCAUGGAUGUAUUGCUAGGCUGCAGCUAGUUCAAAAUGCUGCAGCCCACCUUUUGACUGGCGCAUGUCAAUUUGAUCACAUCUCUCCAGUUCUUGCCUCUCUGCAUUGGAUCCCAGUUAAGUUCUGUGUGCAAUUUAAGAUUUUGGUUCUGACCUACAAAUGUUUAAAUGGCCUUGCUCCUAGCUAUUUAUCUAAAGUUCUCGUGCCAUAUGUCCCAUCUUGUGGAUUGUGUUCGGCUGACCAGCAUAGGUUGAGUGUACCUAGGGCAAGGCUACAGAGAAGAGGUUUUAGGUCUUUCUCUGUGGCUGCACCUACUUUGUGAAAUAUGUUGCCCAUCUCCAUUCGGCAGGCGUCAUCUGCCUAAUCUGUUGCCAUUUUUAAAAAGCUACAGAAGACUUAUUUAUACUCGACAGCUUUUAGUUCCUAGUUGACUUGGUAGUCCUGCUUUUUACCAUUUCUUAUGUCUGAUUUUUAAUGUAUUAUCUAUGUUUUAUUGCAUUUUUACUUGACUGCUUAUAUUUUUAUGGUUUAUAUGUCUAUGUUCAGCAGUUUGGGCAGCAUUUAAAGUGCUAUACAAAUAAACCUGAUUUGAUUUAGUGCCUGUUGGCAAGUGUGCCGCCACAUUUUGAACAAGUCUAUUUAAUGAAGAUGUUUUCUCUCCAGAGUCAGACAUCAAGUGAAGAGCAGGAUCUGUGUGGAAUUCAUCUCAGUUUGGGUUCUGAUAGUCUGGUCUGGGCAGUUCUUUGGGAGGACUUGCAAACCAGACUUAACUAAAAACACUUUGUGACUAAAUACUAACCCAAACAUUAGCUUCAGAAUUUGUGUCCCACAGUAACUCUUCAUAAACCCGUGGAACCACUUCAACAAAAUCACAAAGCUUUUGAGCGUCCAGAUCCUACCAACAUGACUUUGUUGCAGUACUGACUGGACCCAGAACACAAGUGUAGAGACCAGUAGAGUGCAUCCUCCCUGUUGGAUUUCUGUAUAGAAAAUAAUUAAGCAUGUUGCAGUUUGGGGAUGAAGGAAUUUUAUGCAUUAUAUCUGCAACAAAUAAAGCUUUACGGUUGAGGAACAGCCCAAAAUAAAAG